AUGGACAAGAACGACCUAUUCCGAGCAGCACAAACAAAUGACAUCAAACUGUACAUAAGAUGUAUCACAGAAGGCAUCAACCCGCGGACUUCCGGCGAGAGAGGAGAAACCAUCAUGCACUAUAUUUCAAUGAAAAACAGUUACGGACUACUGUGUCACAUUGCGACAACUAACCCGGAUUUGAUCCAAGAGCUUGUAAACAUGGCCGACAAUGAUCGAGACUCGCCAUUGCAUUGGUGCUGCUUUAGCUCAUCGCCCUCGUUACGUAUCUAUGAGAAGCUGUUGACCCUGGAUGCGGACCCUCUCCAACGGGACCAGUGGGGCCAGUCCUGUCUAGAACUGGCCGUCGUAAGGGGGCGCACCGACUUGGUGACGUUCAUGAGAUGGCGAGAGGCACACCCGCAAGGUCUACCCCAGGACAUACAGGCACUGGACAACAUCUCUAUACUUCAGUAUAUCAACACGUUUGGUAGUAUGAACAGCAGCCACGCCCUCCUUUAUGAGAUGGCCAUGAAAGGAAAGAAAGAGAAAUCUUCCCACAUCCGUAUCAUCUUCCUUGGUUACCAGGGUGUGGGGAAGACAACUCUGUACUACAGACUGACGGGACAGAAACGACAUGUGCAUUCUACAGACACGCUCGAGAUUGUCCAGAACAGGCUAAUAAUAGACCGUGUCACAAUGAAGAGAAAAUUAUUGGAGGAGGGUCAAGAAUUGGAAACGAGUCUCGAGAGAAUCAGGGAUGUCGUAAUAGGAUCCAUGACAACAGAUGACGUCACUGAAGACGUGGUGGACGGAAAACCAGAUAUUAAGCGUCCUGUGUCGGCCCGUAUGGACAACCAACUACGUCCACCCCCUACCACCAUAAAAAGAACUCGCUCUGAACCAGACGCCCUGGCUGAUCUUCAGGCCGAGGCGGCUGUCUUGAUGUCUAAACGUCCGGUGGAGAGAUUCGGAUCACGCGGACAAAAGACAUUCGUCAGUGUGUUUGACUUUGGUGGAGAAUCUAUGUUUAGUAACUUACAGCAUAUCUUCCUGAAUUGUAACGCUGUCAUACUUCUGAUGUUUAGUCUUCACAACUGUUUUGAGGAGAAGGCAAUACUGGAGAGGGUGUAUUUCUGGUUAAAAUUUAUCGCCACCUACUCGUGUCACAUGACAGAAAUUUACCGCCCUCCAAUAAUACUGGUAGGGACCCACCUGGAUCUCAUCAACAAGGAAAAUGAUAAAGAUUCAGUGAUCAGCAAAGUCAAUCAGGCUUUAUUGAACAACCCCGAGAUAACACAGAUCUAUAAGAAACACGUGUUCAAAUUCCUAACAGUGGAUAAUACUGUUGAAAACGGUGACAGCUAUGAGAUUCUGUGGGGUUACAUAACGGAAGCUGCGCAGUACCAGUCUCACUGGGGUCAACUACUUCCGGGAAAUUGGAUCGCACUAGAACGGGAGAUAAUGCGGCUGAAAGUUAGAAGGAAAGUGAUGACUUUUGAGGAAAUCCGGAUUAUUGGAGAAAGUCUCACUGUGCCACUCGACGACGGAGAAGUGAAGGCUAUGCUGGAGUAUCUUCAUAUGAUGCGAAGUAUUCUCUGUUUCAACAUGGAUCUUCCUAACGCCAAACUUAUCCUGGAUCCACAGUGGAUGGUGCAAGCCUUCCGAAAGAUUGUUACUGUAGACAAAUUCUUCGACAAGGUCCACGGCAAGAACCAUCCACUGCUAAAGGCAUACCAACAAACAGGCAAACUUACUGUGGAAUUCAUUGAAUAUGUGUGGAAGUCUGACCUUGACUUUUUAGAGUUCAGAGGAACUCUUUUGUACUAUCUGGAGCGCCUGGAGUUGUUGGUCAAGCCACUACCGGAGAAAGGUGAAUCUGUUGUCAACUACUACAUCGUCCCUUGUAUGCUUCAGCCUGCGGACUUGGAGGUGAUGCGAACUUUGAUCGAAGCACCGGAAACAGUGAGAACGGCGACAUUGGUGUUUGACUUUCAGGGUCGAUUUCUGCCCCCCGCUGUGUUCAACAAGAUUCUCGCUUCGUGCAUCCACAGGUUCAAAGUGAUGCACGCGCCGGAUGGGUAUUUGUACCUGCAGCAAGGCCUGGCAUGCUUUGAGCUAAAUCCACGCUGGAAUAUGGUGCUUCAUUGUAAGGAUUCAUAUAUGAAGGUAACACUGUUUUCCCUGUCACGUAAUAACCCUGAGUUUGAAAUCGAGGCUGUGCCAGGGGAGGGUUAUUCCGUACGUCAGAUCCUGGAGGAGAUUGUACAAGCGACAUUAGACAGAAACCAACAGGAUCAUAUAGUGUACAAGUUCUACCUUCACAAUCACUUCCAUAUAUACCCUGGUCAGAAGCUUUACGACAUCAAUGACGUCAUGAACACACCUGUAUUCUCUGAUGGUAACUAUGAUGAAGUAGAUGCGUCCUUACCGUCCAUCAGCAGACUGGAUUACGAAGUCUGGUUUCUGUCUCCUGUACAGACACCAAGGAAAGAAAAACGAGAUGCACAGCAGGACAGAAAGCUUGACCGGUGUCUGACCCCACGUGAGAUGAGUCGUAUCGCCAAGUUCAUAGGGACGUGCUACAGCAUCUUCUUCACAGUGCUUGGUCUCGAUGACAACACCAUCGACCACAUCCGGUUACAAUAUGGCCACUUCCACUUCCGGUCUCAAGUUACUAAGAUGUUAAUUGUUUGGAGGAACAAGAAGAAGAAUAAAGCUACACUCCUGGAGGUCGUCAAGGCCAUGGAAUUUAACGAACUGUGUGUAGACGAUAUGUUUAGUGAAAUCCAGUCAGACUCCUUCCUCAUACAGACUGCCGCCAAAAUGACGUACCUUGACGAUAUUGACAUUUCGCUGAAAGUUCAAAGGUCAUGCCCCUCUACCCGAGAUACGUGGACAUUCGCAGAAUGUAUGGGGAACAUGUAUUUUAACGCGAUGAUUGAACUUGGUUUAAAAAACCAGUGUAUAGAGAGGGCGGAAAUGGACCACCGUAAUCAGGUUUUGUAUGUUAUACACGCCCUUCUCACUGAAUGGGUCAAGAGUCAAGGUUCAGAGGCCACCAUCCUCAAACUCUACCUCGCUCUGGAAGAAUGCAAUGGCGAUUGCCUUGAAUUUGCAGACGGCAUUAACCACAACAGAAGCCUUGUCGCCGGAAUGGAUGUUCCUAAUGAAAUACUGAUAACCUCUUGA